AUGGACGCGCCGGGCAAUGCAGUGGCGGCGUCAACGGGCCCGUCACCUAGCCCGUCAACAGGUGCCGUACAGAACCACGCUCUUACAAGCGGUAUCGCCGCAGGCGGCGCGUUAGGCAUCGUCAUUGCGUUUGCCGCUGUCGCACUUGUCGUACGGCGAUUACGACAACGGCGGCGCCGCCUCACGUGGCAUGGCUCAUCGCCGUCGCCCAAAGCGGGGGUGCCGCCAGCUGCGGCUCCUGUGCCCUUGGUGGGCAUGGAGUUGGACGGCGUCGGGGAAGCGUCGUCUGGGCCUGCAGGCGGUGGCGGCGGCGGCGGCGGCGGCGACGGCUGUAGCGCUUUCAGUAUGAGCUUCGCAGCGGCCGACCAGGCCAACUCCAAUCCCCCCAGCAGUCAGCACUCAAGCCAGGGGGGAUCCCUCCGUAACAGAGUGCUGGGGAGCGGCGGCUUCGGGGUGGUGUACAAAGGCGAGUGGCGAGGUCUCCCGGUCGCCAUCAAGGUGGUACUGCUCUACUGGUAUCUGUGGCUUCGUAGUGUUGUCAUUGACUCGCAACUUCAUGAUGGUGCAGCCUGUCGCUGUAGCGUGUCCGGGUGGAGGCAGCUGCGGCUCCCCCGGGGUGAUGGGCCCGGGGAUUCGACCCAGGAUUACGAACAGCCCAAGUAG